AGGCAGAUCACCCAUCAGGUGUUGGGGCACGAGCGCUCUCUCUGCACCUUUCCCGAAAAUAACGGGCUAGCUUCGGGGGCACGUGCUGUUCCUGGGAUCUUGCUUUACCACCACCAUGCCUCCCCACCCCAGAUAGUGCACCCCGAGUCUAGAUGGGGGCCUAGGGCAGGAUGAUAGAUACCUGAGGUAGGCAUGUUGUCUUUCCUGCUCAGGUCUAAGCUGACUCGCUUCUGCUGGCUGGGCAUGGAGGAUUUGAAAGAAGGUAAGGAAGCCACGGAGGGAGGAAUGAGGCCCUGAGAGCCUGCAGGGACUGAUAGAUGGCGUUUAUUCUCGUCCCUUCAGAUGUCAAGUUCAUUGCGGAUGAGACCUUGGACUUUGGAGGGCUGUCCCCAUCUGACAGUCAUGAGGAGGAAGACCCGACAGUACUGGCGAGUGCAGAGAAACCACUUCGAAGGGGCCUCUCUCACCGGAGUAACCCGAACCCGAAUGCGGUCGCCCCUGCUCUCCAGGGUGUGAGGUUCAGUUUGGGCCCUCUCAGCCCAGAGAAGCUGGAGGAGAUCCUCGAUGAAGCCAACCGCCUGGCAGCUCAGCUAGAGGAGUGUGCCCUGCAAGAUCGUGAGCGGGCAGGGGCAGGCCCUGGGAAGCCCAGCCCCAGAGGGAAGCCCAGCCCUCGGCGGGAGACGUUUGUCCUGAAGGACAGCCCUGUCCGAGAUCUGCUGCCCACCGUGAGCUCUUGGAGCACGCCAUCCCCACGCAGCCUCGCUGGACCCCGAAGCAGCGAUAAAAAGGGGUCAGUCAGGGCUGUUCGGGUGACAGCUGGAAAGAAGCCCCCCAGCACAAAGAAGGAAUCGCCCACUUGCAAUCUGUUCCCUGUAGCCAGAAGCCCAGCACUCUCUCCUCUGGCACAAUCAGCUCUUCCACCCCGGCGGAAAGCUGGGCCCAGCGCACGGACAACAGCAAGUGAGACCCUGGGCAGCCAGGAUGUGGGGGAAGCCGGUACGGGGGAGAGAGGAGGUGGGACUCACCCUGAAAUGUCGUUACUCCUCUCCACAGGCCCGCCAGUCCCUGUCAGACCAGUCCUAGCCCUACAGCCCUCGACUAGCAACUCUCAGUGUUCAUCCCGACUCCAGGGAGCGGCUGCUAGGUCUUCCAGUCGAUUACCGGUCCCCUCAGCCAUCCCCAAGCCCGCCACUCGAAUGCCACUCACUAGCCGGAGUGUACCGCCUGGCAAAAGUGCCCUACCCCCAGAUUCUCUCUCCACCCGGAAAGGGCUUCCAAGUGCCACAGGGCACAGAGCUCCUGUUCCCCAGAGAACGAAUCUUCCAACCACUAGCGCCCCUCGAGGCAGGAUGCAGCCCCUCAGGAAAGCUGCAGUCCCUGGACCUACGAGGUAA